GAUAGAGUUUGAAAAGAGAAGGCCUGACGUGUACAACUUCGAUAAGGAAAAGUACAAGGACAGCGAGUUCUCAGAUGUGCACAGGUACUACAGCAACCUGUACAUACUGAAAGACGAGGGAAAGAGGACAAGCAUCAGCUGCUACGUCAUGAACUGCCAGGCUGACAGACAGGAAAACGGGAAGAUCAAGGCCACGUGGUCUGCGAGAGUGCUCGAGAGUGUAGACGAGUACACGCACACCAUGCUCGACGAAAAGCUCAAAAAAAAUGCAAAAAAACUCAGUAGUUUUGUUGAGGCACUGGAGUCAAGAGAGCACAACAAGGACAGCGAUCUGCAGUGUGCCUGGCUGAGUGAUGGCAAGUCAAAAAAGAGCAGCACAGAACAGCAGACAAGUGGAAUACACAUAUGGCUGCCAAACAAAGCAUGCAGUGAUAUUCUGGAUAUAAAGCCUGUGAAGUAUAUUGCAGGUGAGAUCAGUAGGCUGGAAAAUGAAAUGAAAGAUUUAGAAAGUGAUAUAAAAGGCCGAGAAAACAAAAGCAGUUCUAAGGCUGCAGAGAAAGCAAAGAGUGGAGAGAAUGCAGAGGGCGAAGAUGGCAAGGUGGAUGAGAAUGGAAGUGAAGAGGCAAAGAAAAUGAAAACAACAAUGAACUCACUAAAAUGCGCAAAAACACACAGAAAAACAAGGCUGCAGACUCUGUACGAAAAUCUCUUCAUAAAAAGGUCUGAAAGGCCAGACGAGCACACAGCCCUUGUGGUCUACCGCAACGUGAACGAGAGCAAGUCGAACAUGGGAGCGAACAACGAGAUUCUUGACGUCUUGAUCACGUGCUACA